AUGCUGUCUCACGCCGACCUCCUGGACGCCCGUCUCGGGAUGAAGGACGCGGCCGAGCUGCUGGGACACCGGGAGGCGGUGAAGUGUCGGCUGGGCGUAGGGGGCUCGGAUCCGGGGGGACACCCGGGAGACAUGGCUCCCAACUCGGACACGGUGGAAGGGACCACCCUGCUGCCGGGGGAGGACAUCACCACGGUGGGAUCCAACCCCAGCUCCCUAGCCGUCAGCGCCAAAGACCCUGACAAGCAGCAAGGCCAGCAGGGCGGCCAGAACUCCAGCCAGGCCGGGCAGCAGCAGGGUCAGCAGAAGCAGAAGCGGCACCGCACUCGCUUCACGCCGGCGCAGCUCAACGAGCUGGAGAGGAGCUUCGCCAAGACUCACUACCCGGACAUCUUCAUGCGGGAGGAGCUGGCCCUGCGCAUCGGCCUCACCGAGUCCCGGGUGCAGGUCUGGUUCCAGAACCGCCGCGCCAAGUGGAAGAAGCGCAAGAAGACCACGAACGUGUUCCGCGCCCCGGGCACGCUGCUGCCCACGCCGGGGCUGCCGCAGUUCCCCUCGGCCGCCGCCGCCGCCGCCGCCGCCAUGGGGGACAGCCUGUGCUCCUUCCACGCCAACGAUACGCGCUGGGCCGCCGCAGCCAUGCCCGGCGUGUCGCAGCUGCCGCUGCCGCCGGCGCUGGGACGGCAGCAAGCCAUGGCGCAGUCCCUGUCCCAGUGCAGCCUGGCGGCCGGCCCGCCGCCCAACUCCAUGGGGCUCUCCAACAGCCUGGCGGGCUCCAACGGCGCCGGGCUGCAGUCCCACCUCUACCAGCCCGCCUUUCCCGGCAUGGUGCCCGCCUCCCUGCCCGGCCCCAGCAACGUGACGGGCUCGCCGCAGCUCUGCAGCUCCCCGGACAGCAGCGACGUGUGGCGGGGAACCAGCAUCGCCUCCCUCCGCCGCAAAGCACUAGAGCACACAGUCUCCAUGAGUUUCACCUAAUGGC